AUGGGGAGAGGUAGGGUUGAGCUGAAGAGAAUAGAGAACAAGAUCAACAGGCAAGUGACCUUCGCUAAACGAAGGAAUGGUCUUUUGAAGAAAGCUUAUGAGCUUUCUGUCCUGUGCGAUGCUGAAGUCGCCCUGAUCAUCUUCUCCAAUAGAGGAAAGCUCUUCGAGUUUUGUAGCAGCCCAAGUAUGCUCAAAACACUAGAGAGGUAUCAAAAGUGCAACUAUGGAGCACCGGAAACGAAUGUAUCCAUGAGGGAGGCCCUGGAAAUAAGCAGUCAGCAGGAGUAUUUAAAACUUAAAGCGCGUUACGAAACACUACAACGAACCCAAAGGAAUCUUCUCGGAGAGGAACUUGGCCCUUUAAACAGCAAGGAGCUUGAGUCGCUGGAGAAGCAGCUCGACAUUUCACUCAAGCAUAUCAGAUCAACGCGGACUCAAUACAUGCUGGAUCAGCUCUCAGAUCUUCAAAGAAAGGAACAAGCACUUACUGAAGCAAACAGAACACUGAGACAAAGGCUGAUGGAAGGAAACCAAUUAAGUUCGUUUCAGUGGAAUCCACAUGCACAAGAUGCGGGGUAUGGCCGACAACUAGCUCCACCCCAGGGUGAUGCCUUCUUUCAUCAAUUGGAGAGUGAACCGACACUACAAAUUGGAUUCCAGCAUGAUCCAAUAACAGUUGCAGCAGCAGGCCCCAGUGUGAAUAAUUACAUGCCAGGAUGGUUGCCAUGAAACAAAACAGCAAAACAAGCCAUGGUAUGCUUCUUCCCAUAAGAAUCAGCAAAUCCAAUGUUUUGUGUGAGUUAUUGAAGAUAAAGACAUGUAAUGAUAUUAUUCCUAUAAGACAGUCCUAUUAUAACUCCAUAAGUAAUGCUGGAUGCAUGCUCUAUCACUGAAUUUCUU